AUGUUUUUUUUUGUUUUGUUUCUGUGGAGGGCCCCUGUUGUCUGCCUGGAUGUGGAUGGCCAGGUGGUGCGCAUCAAUCAGAACACUACGAAGCGGGACAGCCGCUUCACGGUGCCCCUGGAGCAGGCGGUGGCCUGGUACGAGGCCUAUGACAGAUUCCUGCGUCUCGCUCACGACGAGAUCGUCGAGUUCAAGACGCGGCCUGGCGACGUGUACGUGUUCAACAACCUGCGCAUGCUCCACGGCCGCAAAACCUACGAGGACUCGCCGCAGAACAAGCGCCACCUAGUCGGCGCCUACGUCGACUGGGACAUUAUCUACCCCAGCAGGACCCCACGCUUCCCCCAGCGCCCAGGAAUGUCAUCAAAAAUGGCCCGCCUGGCCAGUCCUAGCAUUGUGGAGAUCAACGAGGCUGACGGGCAGCGCCUCAAGUACCCCCAGGUCUGGUUGCGGGACAACUGCCAGUGCACGGAGUGCUUCCAUGCGCCGACGCGGGCACGCAAGAGCCACUGGGAGCGCGGACCACUCCACGUGGGCGCCCAGCGGGUGAGCUACGACGAGCAGCGACAGCAGCUUCAAGUCGACUGGCAGGACGAGCACAAGAGCGUUUACCAACUGCAGUGGCUGCGGGAGCGGGACUUUGGGGACGCGGCCAGGCAGAGGUACUUGGAGGAGGUCUACCGGCCGCCCGUCCAGCUCUGGGGCAAGACGCAGUUCAAGGAUGUGAGCCGGGAGUUCGAUUACCAAAAUGUCCUCGAUCAGGAUGAGGUGCUAAAGGACUGGCUGGAGGCCCUGGCUGUGCAGGGAUUCGCUCUGCUCAGGAAUGCGCCCGACGACGUCAAUGUGGCCCGGCGCCUGGCCGAAAGGAUUGGCUACAUCAAGCGCACCACCUACGGGGACGUCUUUGAGGUCAAGUCCAAACCGAAUGCGGGCAACUAUGCAUACCUGAUGAUGCCCCUGCCGCUGCACAAGGACAUGCCCUACUACGAGUACAAGGCGGGCAUCAACAUUCUGCACACCCUCUUCCAGUCGGAGUCGGCGGGCGGGGCUAAUACGCUGGUGGACGGCUUCCAUGUGGCCGACGAGAUGCGACGCCUCUAUCCGCAGGAGUUCGAGCUGCUGCGUUCGGUGCCCGUCAACUGGUACGACAUCGGGCACGACGGGGACCAUGCCCAACCCUUUCACAGCCUGUGGCGGGCCCAUGUUGUCUGCCUGGAUGUGGAUGGCCAGGUGGUGCGCAUCAAUCAGAACACUACGAAGCGGGACAGCCGCUUCACGGUUCCCCUGGAGCAGGCGGUGGCCUGGUACGAGGCCUAUGACAGAUUCCUGCGUCUCGCUCACGACGAGAUCGUCGAGUUCAAGACGCGGCCUGGCGACGUGUUCGUGUUCAACAACCUGCGCAUGCUCCACGGCCGCACAGCCUACGAGGACUCGCCGCAGAACAAGCGCCACCUAGUCGGCGCCUACGUCGACUGGGACAUUAUCUACUCCAAGCUAAGGACCCUGCGCUUCCCCCAGGCCCAGGAAUGUCAUCAAAAAUAGUACGCCAAUCAGCUGGGGCAGACAAUCGCCGAACAUUUAUUAUUACU